CGGCUCUUCGGUUCGCCAAGCUCUUUGUUGUUUGUUUGUGAAAAUACGCCUAGCGAACAGCUUAAGCCUCUAGGGUCCUUUUUUUUGUCAUUUUUUGUUUGUUUUUUUUCGUUUGUUUGCGCUCUAAACGAUGUCGUCGUCGAAGAAGAUCACCUUGAAGAGCAGCGACGGUGAGCCCUUCGAGGUCGACGAGGCGGUGGCGCUUGAGUCUCAAACGAUCAAACACAUGAUCGAGGACGAUUGCGCUGAUAACGGCAUCCCGCUGCCAAAUGUGACUAGCAAGAUCCUGGCGAAGGUGAUCGAGUACUGCAAGAAGCACGUCGAGACUCCCAAGUCUGAUGAUCGCAGCAGCAGCGCUGAUGAUGGGCUCAAGGACUGGGACGCUGAGUUCGUGAAAGUAGACCAGGCCACACUCUUCGAUCUCAUUCUAGCUGCCAACUAUUUGAACAUCAAGGGCCUGCUGGACCUGACAUGUCAGACUGUUGCAGACAUUAUCAAGGGAAAGACCCCUGAGGAGAUCAGGAAGACAUUUAACAUCAAGAAUGACUUUACCCCUGAGGAGGAGGAAGAGGUUCGUCGGGAGAACCAGUGGGCAUUUGAAUGAAGUAAUUACCGGGUGGUUUAAAGUAGCAAAUGUGGAGUAUGUGGCUUAAUAGUAAAUGAACCUUGUUGGCUUAUGUUAGCGCUGAAGAGUUAAUAGACUUUAGUCUUCCUUGGUUUCAUUUACUGCUUUGAACUUGUGGGGACUUGAAAUGUAAAUAAUAAUUGGAUUCUCGGGGGAGAGUUCGGUUGUGGCUGGGCUUUCCUUCCAAUCAAUUGCCUACUGGUUAUCAAUGUGAUCUGUUUUAGCAGUAUGUACAUUUUAAA